CAAGCACAACACACACCGCCCGCCUCAGGACAGGUAUUGCUGGAGAAGAUGGACUUGGGGGCUAGCUUGUCAGCUAGCUAAGUGGAUAUAAUGGCUUAUACCCGCUCUCUGGAAUGCUAGUUUAGCAAGCUAGAUUUCUCUCGAUUGUUUGUAAUACACAUGUUUUAACCUUCCUAAUUUCCGUGGGAAGGACGCGAGGACUGGUUGCCUUUGACCACUAAAGAUGCACCCCGAAAAACUGUCACUGAAGUAAUUUUUUUUUACCGCAUCCCUUGGAGUAGAAAGCUGAAUCAUUAAUACGGUCAUGGCUGGACUAAUCAAGAAACAGAUCCUGAAGCACAAGGCCGCCAUCCGGAUUCCAUGGACCAAGCUGAAGACUCACCCCAUUUCUCUGACUCUGGACAAGGUGGUGAUGGAGAUGAGUACCUGCGACGAGCCCCGUCCCCCCAACGGCCCAUCUCCAAUAGCAACGGCCUCGGGGCAAAGUGAGUAUGGCUUUGCUGAGAAGGUGGUGGAGGGGAUGUCCCUGUCUAUAAACUCCAUCGUGAUCCGGAUCAGCGCCAAGGCCUUCAACGCCUCCUUCGAGCUCUCCCAGCUACAGGUCUACAGCGUCAACACCAGCUGGAGCGCCAGCGACCUGAAGUUCACCCGCAUCCAGGACCCCCAGAGAGGAGAGAUCCUGACCUUCAAGGAGAUCAGCUGGCAGAUGAUCCGCAUAGAGGCGGACGCCAUCCAGAGCGGCGAGCACGAGGUGCUCAGCGCCCCCAUACGCCUCAUCACCAACCAGUCCAAGAUCAGGGUCACUCUGAAGAGACGGAUGAAGGACUGUAACGUGGUGGCGUCCAAGCUGGUCCUGAUCCUGGACGACCUGCUGUGGGUGCUGACUGACUCCCAGCUCAAAGCCAUGGUGCAGUACGCCAAGUCCCUCAGCGAAGCCAUGGAGCGCUCCGCCCAGCAGAGGAAGAGCAUGUCCACCGAGGACCAGGACUCUUCGGCGCCCCCGUCGGCCCAGCAGGUGCGUACGCAGCAGGCGGCAGCGGCGGCCGACCAGGGCGCCAGCAUGGCCCGGCUGUUCAGCGACAACGACGUGUGCGAGACCUCGCACCACCUCCAGAUCACACACCUGGACCUGCACAUCUGCGACGACAUCCAUGCCAAGGAAAAAGUGGUCAACAAGAGGAUAACAGGAGGAGCCAUGCAGCUGUCCUUCAGUCUCAUCACACUGGACUACUACCCCUCCCACAGAGCAGGUGACAGCUGUGUCCACUGGAUGCACUACAGCGAGGCCACCAAGGCCAGGGAAGGCUGGGCCCGCAGUCUCCUCGAGGAGUUCAGGUCUAAUGUGGAGAUGCUGAAGACGGCCAUGAGAGACCAGCAGGGGCCCACACACACUUCCCCCCAGCACGGUAAGAUCAGCACCAGCUCCAGCUCUGCCUUCACUCCUCCUCAGCCCCCCAGGACCCAGCUCAUGUCCAGCUCCAUAGUCCUCAGGAUAGCUGACUUCAGCAUCUACCAGGUUUCCACAGCAGACCAAAGGCGCUCCAGUCCCAGAACCAUGGUCUCCUGUAAUAAGAAGUCUCUGUACCUGCCUGCAGAGAUGCCCGCCAUCCACGUGGAGUUCACAGAGUACUACUUUCCCGAUGGCAAAGACUACCCCAUCCCCUGCCCCAACCUGUACGUGCAGCUGAACGCCCUGCAGCUGGUGCUGGACCCUCGCAGCCUGGUGUGGCUCAACCUGUUUGGGCUGGACCUGAAGCAGAGCCUGGAGCAGUUCAUGCAGCUGUACAAGCUGGACGACUCGCAGAAGAGUGAGGAGCACGUAGAUAUACGUGUGGACGGACUCAUGCUCAAGCUGGUGGUCCCCGCCGAGCGCGACCCCUCCGCCCCCGCCGACCUCCCCCGCUCCGUGUCAGUCCAGACCUCGGAGAUGGUGGCCAGCAACACCCGUCACGCGGCCAGCUGCUCUCGCUCCCAGCUGGAGGCCCUCCUGCAGGCCUUCCGAGAGGAGCCCUUCUUCUCCUCCGCUUCCUUCCCUCGCUCCUCCUCCUCCUCCUCCCCCCCUCCCCUCCUCCACCCCGUGUUCCAGCGCCACGCCCACGAGCAGGACACCCUCCUCCACGACGUGUUCCGGGGCCUGGUGACCCCCGGCCUGGCCACCGACGCCCUCAAGGCCCCCGCCGCCGCCGACCUGUGGGCCCUGCACUUCUCCCAGUUCUGGGUGGACUACGAGGGCUCGCGGGGCGGCGCCAAGGGCCGGCCCCAGCCCUUCGUCGACGCCUUCCCGCUCACCCUGUGGGCGUGCCAGCCGGCUCGACACGCCCAGCACCGCGAGAGGCUGCGGGCGGCCGCGGCGGGGCUGCCCCGGAGCGAGUCGGGGGAGCAGGGGCGCCAGGAGAGGAAGAGGAGGCUGAGGGAGUUCUACAGGACGGAGGGACGGGCGGCGGCGCCGGGGCCCGCCGCCUCGCCCGCGGCCCCCAGCAACGGUCUCCACAAGCCCCUCUCCCUGGACAGCCUCUCGCCGGCCUCGGCCGGCGCGGAUGCCGACGUGCACGUGCUCGUGCACGUGCAGAAGCAUUUGAGCGCGCAGGUGAGCCACCGUCAGUACGUGUUCCUGAUGCGUCUGCAGCGCAGCAUCAAGGCUCUCCAGCACACCCUGCAGCAGGACCUGGAGGAGAUAGGCUCUCGCCGCCCCCACCCCACCCAGCCCGCCGCCCCCUCCCCCGCCGGCCCCCAGCCCUUCUCCGUGUGCCUGGCCGUCCUGCUGAAGAGCGCCGAGGUGGCCCUUCUCCUCAACCCGGCUCCCCAGCCCGGGCCCCCGGGGUCCCCCCUGGGCUCGGAGGUGUCCCCCUCGGAGAGCAGGGGGACCCUGGAGGCCGGGGUGGAGGCGGUGGAGGCCGGGGACAAGACGGAGGCCGGGGCCGGGGGCUGCACGGUGGACCAGCUCCUCUGCGGAGGAGGUGAGGCCGAGGGGAGCCCCGCCCCGCUCAUCCCCACCUCAUCCGCAUCCUCCGCUCGUCCGUUCGACCCCGCUGGCCGCAAAGCCUCUCUGGAUGAGAGGGCUGGAGUCACGGGGAGGUCCAGUUCGGAGGAGACUGGUGAGGGCUCCGUGGAGGCCCGGACAGGGGGAGAAGAGCAGGGGGUGGCCCAGCCGGGUGAGCCCUCGGGGGGGAGGACUGGUGUGGGAGACCCCCUCUCUGACUGGAGCGACGGCAGGGAGAAGAAUUCUGGAGCCAAGAUGCCUCAGUCCAUGUCAAGUGGUCGUCUGAUGAGAGACCGGUCCCAGUCCAGCUUCUCUGUCUCCUACAAGAACAUGAAGAAGAGCCCAUCUCUGCAGUCCCUGGACAACAUCUCCAUAGACAGCUACAUGAUGGAGGACUGUGACACCUACAGCCUGCUGGAACGAGAUGACGUCUCCAUCUCUGGCUACAAGGAUGCGGUGCCCCAGCAGAGUGCCACAGCAGAGAGUGCCAACGAGGCCAUUGGUCCAGAGCAGGACGGGGGCGUGUCCCCAGACACCGUCAGCGCCACCUCCCAGAGCAUAGACGAGACCACUAAGGACAUGGUGUCGGUGCUGGUGCUGCGGGUCCAGGGUGUGUGUGUGGGGGUGGAGGUGGUGGGGGAGAGCACGGCCGUGACUCUGGAGGCCGGCCGGGUCCGUCCCACCCAGCUGGGCAACAUCAGCCUCAGACAGUACCUCAGCAACCGCAGCCUUGGUAUGGUGUGUUCACUACCAACACACACGGUUUUGAACAGCCCAGGCGGGGGUCUGGAGACGGAGCCAGGGGCGGCAGCGGGCAACUCCCCCCCCCACCCCGAGGUGCGGGCCCGGCUGGAGACGGGCCCGCGGGCCGCCGCCCACUCCCCGCUGGCCGAGCGCAACGGCUUCCUGCAGCUGCGUCUCCACGGCUACAGGGCCGGCUUCCUCAUGUCCACGCUGCGGAACCUGGCCCACUUCCUGGAGGACGACUCCGCCCCGCAGGUGCUGCCCAUGGAGAUCAGCGUCCGGGACACGCACGUCGACAUCAAGGAUGAUGGUCCCCGUGACAACGCCUCCGACCCGGGGCCCAGCCCUAUCACCCUCCAUGUGGACAGUCUGGUCAUACACAGACGAGACGACGGAGCCUUCUCUAUAGGAGUGGACAAUGCUUCCGAGGGCGGGCCUAAGAACAAGGACUUGUUGAUUGAGAGUCCUCUGAGCCAGUUACCCGAGGCCCUGCGUGCGGUCAGCAACGUUCCAAAGGCUACGCAGACCUCCCCUGGCCCAUCCACCAGCCCCCGUCCUUCAAGCAGAGAACAGCUGCUGGUGGAGGAGAACGAGUGCUUGAAAGUGGAGCUCUCUCGAGCCAAGAUGGCAUUGGCAGAAGCCCAAAUGGAGAAAGACUCGCUGUUGCACCGAAUGAAGAGCCUGAAAGUGAACACCAGCUAGGUUAGAGGCUAGGCUAGCUGGAGGCCCCCGGCCCACCAGUAGGGGUGAGCUACCACAAGGGUGUAGCGGGUACGGAGGGAGGCCUGCUCGCUACAGGUGCCUUGAGGAAGGCCAGUGUUGACAGGAUGAAGACACAAGGGGGGUGAGGGGGGGUGGGUUGGUCCCAGUCUUAUCAAGGUGCUUUUCUGCUACACCCCCUCCUUCCCACAUUGUAGAGCAUAGCACUACCUUGCUCGUGACGAGAAUAAAAAAAUAGAUAUAAAUAUCAAAUAAAUACUUGAAGAUUGCUGUGACGCGGUCCUCCCUUUUUGGACCGAUGGUCGUCGUUAUUUGAGUUUUUAAGUGUUUAGCUGUUGCGACGCCCCAAGCUGCGGCUGCCUAUUACGAGAUUCCGAGAGAGAAGCAGACGCGGGUUUUGCGUCUGAAAGGAGGGAUGGAGAGGGACGUGGAGGAUCAGCAGGGUUUGAAAUCCCCAAAAUAACAGUGCUUUGCUAGAAGGCAGCCCCCCCCUCACACACACACACACCGGUUUAGGGGCUUGCUGUACCAUUCACAUUCUUUGACUCUAUAGUAACAUGCAAAAACCGUGUGGGGAUGGUGGGUGGUGUAUCUGAUCAACUUGAUUCAACUGUAUACUAGAGGUGUGGAGAAACGCUGAAUGUCAUAUCUUCAGAGGAAUGUCUUACAAAGAGAGACAAAUUUUGCACUGCACAUGAACUGAAACUCGUUGUUUGGCACGUUUGAGUGGGGAGGUAGUGUCUAGCUUUUCAUCAAUUGUCCUUUUGAGUGUGUAUGGUCGUGUACAUACAAACGAAUGUGAAAUACAUACUAUACCCGAUGAUUUUUUACAACAGGAUUCUCCAAGGUUACGCAGUAUUUUCAUGUGUGUGCGUGUGUUUGAUCCAAGUGUUUAGUUCUUUUAUUUUCUUGUGCAACCUGAACAAGCGUUUCAUGAAAUAGAAUACGUUUAUCUUUUCAUAUCCCUCAAUCAUUCCUGAUGAACACAAAAAUGUCUCAUUGCACUGGCUUUCCCCCUAUUUUUCUACAUGUAAAUAGCUACCUACAUGUGCACUUUUGAAUCUAACCCGCUGUAUAUAUGACUCACAUCUCCCACACAUGAAAGUACCUCUCAAACCGGUCAUAGAACACAUGCCGGUCAACUCUUAAACAACCAAUGAGGGGAGAGAACACUAACUUGGCGUACAAGCCAAUAUGAAAAAAAAGAAAGAAAAAAAAGAAUAGCUUCUAUGCUGUCUGCUAUGUCCCCUCAUCUCUGAUCAAUGCA